GCAAUGCAUGGUGGGAUGGCAGAGCUGCAGUUGCGAACAGCGAUAGGAGAAAAUGAGCGUCUGCUUCGUGUGCGGUAGUAAGAUAACAGUGACUUAUAAAUUAAGUGCUAAACAAAGGCAAAACGGAGAGGCUUAUUUCCCUUUUUUGGAAAAUCAUCAACCCCCUGCUGGGUUCGGUCAAUUCGCUGAAGAUUCUUGUAAAUCAGUUUGUACAGUAUGCUAUAUGUUUCUUCUACAACAAUGGGAAGCUUACGAACGUCAGAAUACUCCGGCUGUCAAACGUUUAUAUUGGUUAAAACGAUGCGACGAUAAACAAUUUGUUGGAACGGAAUAUACAAGAGUAUCAUCGCAAAAUCACCAACCCCAACUACCCUUGCAAACACCUGGUGAUCAACAGACAUUUGUCUGUUUCUUGUGUGGUGCCCAACAUUCACAAGUUUCUGCUCGUUUUAUAUAUUCGCGAUCUCAUGCAAAUGGGGAACCCUACUUUCCAUUUCUUGAAGAAACUAAACCUGCGAAAGGAGCGUCAGCUCUUGACCUCCAUGGGAUGACAAAAGUUUGUAUUGGUUGUCAACGUUCUUUACACAGACAAUGGAGAGCUUUCGAUGAUUCAAAUGUGUCAGACGAAUUGAGAGUAUACGAAGUUGAUGGUAUGAAGACGAAGAAGACGUUGGAUUCACAAGAUGGAGCACCUGUAGAAAUAGCCCCACCUACAGAUGCAAAACAUGGAGAUGUCAAUGAUUUGGGAAAUGAAACAGGUUUACCAAAACCUACUAACACAUCUACGCCACCUAGUAGUUCGACAAGGAAUUCAUCAGGCUUCGCUGCUGCUCUUCGAAAACUCGCCAAACAAGCAGGAGAUGGCGCUGCCGUCGAUAAAAAAUCAUCUUCUCCUCCAAUUCAUAAUUUAGACAAGUCAUCAUCAGACACUAAAAGUUGGACUACCGAAGUUUCUUCCAGUCCAAAUCAACAACAGUCAAUGAGUUCAGCCGGAAGCAAUUCCCGACCCUUAGAAGAAAGGGGCUUUCAACCUUAUAGACCAACAAGUGGAGCAUCAGUUGUUCCGUCUUCAUCAUCAACCGUUCCAGUUUCUGAUCAUGGAAGUGUUCAAGCAUCUCUUGGGGGAGGCUACGAUCCUUCUUCCAUGUAUGCUGCUGCAGCAGCAGCAGCAGCAUAUCAACAUUAUCACCCAGCUUUCUUGCAUUCCUUGCACGCCGAUCCGCUUCUUCUCGAACGAUAUCGAUUGAUGCAGCAGUCUUCUCUCAUGCCUUACGCAGCAGCCGCAGCCGCAGCAGCAGCAGCUGCAUCAUUGCCUCAGCACUCCCUCCAUCCAAGCCUGCCUGUAAGAUACGGUGACAUCAUGGCCAGUCAACAACAGCCGCUCGCUUUAACGUCGUCUUCUAACCGAAAAAGUGAAGAAAACGCUCGUCGAGACAAAGAAGAACGAGAACGCAGGGAGGCAGCCGAGCGGCAAAAGGAAUUAGAAAGGAAACGCGAGAGUGAGAGGCAACAACGAGAGCAACAAGAAAGACUACGGCUGGAGCGUGAAACACUCGCUCUGCGGGAAAAAUACAGAAAUGCUUUUCCUCUUCAUGAUCAACUGAGUGCCUAUGAUCCUUUAGCUAAAGCUCGAGAUACGGCAAAGUGGGCUCAGCAACAGCAGCAAUUGCAAGAAGUGGCUGGGCGUCAUAGCCUUAUGCAACAACAAUUUCUCCACCAUCAGGACGCCUUACUUCGUAAUGAGCGUAAACGACCUCUUGCAUCGCCGAAAUCCAGCUCUCAACUUGGUGAACCUAAUCAAAAAAUAAUGCGGACGACUCCUCCACACGCACUUCAUCGGCCGUUUCUUGAAUCGACACCCACUUCCUCUAAAACCUUUGUUGCCAAUGGGUUUGAUGGGUCUCCAAACAGAAAAUCACCAGAAAAACGAAGCAGACCAAUAUACGAACCGAUCUCGCCUGUUCCUCCUGUAGCUUCUAAUGGCUGUAAAGAGACACCGAAAUCGACAAAGACUAACGGUCUAGUCUUAUGUGUUGAAGAAUUUGGGUUAUCACCGCCCGAUAUUGAUGCCGAUGAGCUGUGCAAGGGAUCAGACUUCAAGCGAAAGGUUGCUUUUUUAGCGGAUGCUUGUGAUCUUAGACCGGUUGAUCGAGAUGUUCGAAUAAUAAUGGAUAAAGUUCGGCAAGCUUGUGAUAUUGAUCACAAAAGGAGGGCUCAACAGCUCGAUGGUGUAAAAAAACGACUUGAGGCUGUUAAGCUAUUUAAUGAAUCUACGACGGCUAUAAGUCGAGAAUUCGCCGAACAAUUCCAUGAAUCAGUUUUGGCAACAACUAUACAGCAGGAAAGGUCACGACAAGUAAAACUGAAAAAUGAUGACACAGAUGACGAAAACAUUUCCCUGUCUUACAAAUGGCCUGGUGUAGAGGCUGUGGUAAACGCUUACUGCAAGCAUUUACAAGGUAAAGAAAGAAUAUCAGCGUGCGCAACGCAACGCCUAAUGUCUUAUUGA